CCUGACACAAAUUCCAGGAAGUUUACACUACCACGUUUUAACCCAGAAACCUCUGGCUCUGAUCCGGCUGCAUGGAGUUCAGCUGUUAGCAUUAUGAUGGAAGAAAAUCCAUUGCAAGGCAGUGCACUAUUUUCCGCGCUUAGUAGCGCCUUAGAGGGUUCCGCUGCACAGUGGUUGACUCAAAUUAUGGUUGGAGGAACUAUUACUUGGUCUCGAUUCAAGGAACUUUUUAUUUCCCGUUUUGGUGGAAGAGAAACCGCAGCUUCUGCCCUUAUGAAGAUUUUUAACGAACAACCGUUAAAAGACGAGACAACUGGAGCUUUUGGGAUUCGUUUACGCUCUCUUCUCAAGGCGAGGUGGGAAAAUUUGAGUAUGGCGGAGAUUAUCAACGGCGCUGUUCUCUAUCGAUUAACAUCGCAAGAUCACCGGGUCGAACGCACAGCGCUUACGAGUGAGGUAAAACGGAAGACCAAUUUCUUAAUGAAAUGAGGGCUUACUCGUACGCAAAGAAGCGACCGUUGCAAUCGUCCGAGAACUCGUCAAGUUCAGACCCGAAACGCUUCAAGCCAACGGAGACACGGAUUAAAUGUCUUUUCUGCGGUAUUUCUGGUCACAAAAUAUCUGAAUGUCGCAAGAAGUCAUUUCUGGACAAGAGGAAAAAUUCUCAUAGUCCAGAAGGAAGUCGACCAUCCACCGCGAUAAAAGUAACCUGCUUUAAGUGCCAUAAAGAGGGUCAUAUUGCACCAAACUGUCCGUCAAGGAAGAACAACAGCAACAGCGGCAACAACAGUGGAAAUCAGCACUCGAGCACCGAACGCCGAGUGGACUUUUGCACCGUGGAUGUUCCAGUGGGUACAAUGACCCAUAUGGAUGCACCCGAGGACGUGUGAUCGUCAGGAUGGCCGUGUCGGAGAUGAGAAUAGCUGGGUUCUUCCCAAGGGAUGGGAAAAUCCUAAGCACUUUUAGUUUAUAGCUAGAAAAUAAAACUUAGAAUUUUAAUUUUUACGACUUAAUCCGCUAAGGAAAUUUUAGU